UCUAAAAGCUGUGAGGUAAAAAAAAAAAAACUCAAAUCUGGAAAUGAGUCAAGGGGAGAACGCAACCACUGCAAAAUUGGUUUUCUAUGAGUUCGCAUGGCCACUUUUGGUAGCCGUUUUCGAGGUGAACCUCUACAGGAUCAUUCUGGAGCUUUUGGCCCACAUCCUGCUGAUCGUAAUAACCGUGGUGAUGGUCAAAAAGACCUCGGGUUUGGAUGACCACAGCAGCGGCCAGCAUGCCCUAUACGCCAUUUUGGGACUGUUUCUAUGCGUGGGUGAAUCUCUGUUGGUAUGCCACUCCUGGUGGUUAGGAGACUUCAUCUCCGAAAACCGGCUCAACCUUCUGCACAUGGUAUUGGGAAUGGUGGGACUUUGGCUGGGACUGGUGGGGAUAUUCGCGAAGAGUAUCUUCAAGAGCAAGAUACAUGAGCCGCACUUUAAUUCCAAACAUGGAUUGUGUGGCCUUUUGGGAUUCCUGCUUAUCGCUGGGGCCGUGGCCAGUGGUUUCGCCCUGGUGUGCUUCACCCACCUGGCUCUGCACGUCAUCCACCGAUUGAUGGGCUUGUGUGGCUUUGUGCUCCUCUCGUGCAGUCAGUGGUUCGCCCUCAAUUUGGGAUUCGCACGACGGGAGUGGAGUAGUUGGAAAAUUAAAAGGCUCAGGAUCUCCACGCUGGCCGCCACCAUUUCAGUGGUUAGCUACGAGUUCCUCUGCCUCUGUAGAGACAUUGUCCAUUUGCUACCCAACAGCUGGUUCAAAGCCAUCGGAUUGAAAAUUGAUCACCUUCACAAUUAAAUUUUAUGACCAAGCAUUGUGAAUAAUUAAAUUGAAGUGCUGAAGGC